UUUACCCUUGUAGUACAAUAUUUCUAAUCAGGUAAGUAGUUUGAAGAGUUAUUCAUCUUCCUCUUAAAAAUAUAUUAUACAUAGCAUUAAUUAGUAGUCAACUUAAACCCCCACUACGACAAACUGCAACCGAACAUCCGCCAAAACCCCACUCUUUUUCCACAAACCCUUUAAGUACGCCGAAAUUUGAACACCGAACACACUUUCUUUUCAACUUCAACGACAGUUAGAUAGUCAUAGUGACACUAGUGGAUUAAACCUAAGUCCGUGAUGGCGAACAAAAACAUCCAAAACUUCGCAAAGGAAAUGUUGAACGAGAACGUCUUUUCGUGCCGCGUUUGCAAGAACUUGUUGGCGGUUCCAGUGAUGAUGGUCGAAAAUAUCGGAGACGUUUGUCAUUCUUGUUUCCAAACUAAGAAUGAAGAAAAUGAUUGGAACAGCUUGCCGAACACAACAUUGGACACCAUUUUGAGAAAAUUAUUGCUCCCAUGUAAAUUUCAGUCGGAGGGUUGUGAAACCGAAGUACUUUGCGACGUCUUAAAGCAGCACGAAAAUAAAUGCAGUUAUCGCCUGGUUGACUGCUUAAUGCCAAAGGAACAGUGCGAAUGGCUCGGAAAAUCGGCGGACUUAUUCAAACACUUCGAAGAGGAGCAUGAAACACACGUUUUGAAGGAACAGUGCGGAGAAUACUCUUUCGAGAUCGACCCACGAAAUUUCGGCACAAUCACCAAAUUGCUUACCUACAACAACAAGACUCAUGUUUUGAAAAUCAAGAAAUCGGACGAUGACAACAGUUUACUGCAAUUCUUGAAAGGGGAGUCAAAUAUGGUCGUGGAAUAUACGGGUAAAAGUAACGUAUUCGAGACAAAGCUUCAAGCUUUGUCGUUCGAUGUUGCCUUUGACGAACGAAACGGUCAAAAGAUUCAACUUUCCACUUUGAAAGAAGUUAUGCAGGAAGAUGAGGUGGUUAAAGUUGUGAUCAAACCUGAAAAAUACGAACUAAAAGACGUUAAUUAUGAAAUUACGAAGCAUUUGGAAUGUCCCGUUUGCAAAGAUAUAAUGAGACAACCCAUUUUGCUGUGUUGUAGUGGUCACAGCAUCUGCCAAUCGUGUCGCAACCAUCUUUCGCGGUGUCCGACUUGCCGGAAAGCUUUUCGCGUACAAAACAUCCGGAAUUUUUCUCUGGAAGCUCUAACCCCAUUUGCGCAAUACGAGUGCGUUUAUAGUCAAUUUGGUUGCACUUCGACGCUUUUGGGGAGCGAAAUAGAUGAACAUGAAGAUGGUUGCACGUAUCAGACGUAUGAAUGUCCUAAAAGUAAUUGUGAAUUCAAAGGAAAUUUCGCUGCUUGUCGAAAUCAUUUUAAAGUUCAACAUACUUGUGAUUUAGUUAAAGGAACCGUGUACGAAACAAGUAUUGUUGCAAUCCCUUUUACUUAUACUUGUAAGCUAUAUUUUUUCGAAUAUGGUAACAUUUUUGAGUUGUCUUUUACGCAUCAUCAGAAUUCUUGCUCAUGUUUUGUGCGAAUUUUGACCAAGUACAAUAAGCGCGAUAAAUAUUACUUCACUGUUCGCUUGGUCAGUUCAGAUGAUGCACAAUGUUUAAUUGCGAAAUCAGAGUGUUGCUUAGACAGAAAUGACAAGGAAAUUUCCUUCAUGAAUAACAAUUUACUACCGUACGAAGAUUCAUUUCAAAAUGAAAUAAAAUUUUACUGUGAAAUACAAAAAACUACCGUUUGUAUCAACACGAAUAAUGAAUAGGGUUGGAUAUGCAUACAUGUAAAGUCAUAUAAGUCUUUAUAUGUAUAUAAGUUUACAGAUUUAAAUAUGUAUAGUUUUAUUAAUAAAUAAAACCCAUUAUAGGAA